UGAAUCUUGAUCUGCAGAGGAUCAUAUUUGACACAGAAGGGAAUUUCUCGUUUUCUCAUUUUUAGGGGAAUUCUCAAUUUGUUCCCCUUAACGAUUUCGGAAUUCUUAGAAAUUGCGGUCGAUUUCGCGUUAAAAUUUCUGGAUUCAGAUAAAAAAUUUCGGAAAAGAUGACAAUGGGAGAGCUUCUCCGUAUUCAGCCUUCAGAGCUAAAAUUCCCAUUUGAAGUGAGGAAGCAGAGUUCAUGUGCUCUGCAGUUGGCUAAUAGGACAGAUCAGUAUGUGGCGUUUAAGGUUAAGACAACCAAUCCGAAAAGGUAUUCCGUUCGGCCGAAUGUUGGUGUUGUUUUGCCCUAUUCUGUGUGCAAUAUCACAGUUACUAUGCAAGCACAUAAGGAGGCUCCCCCUGAUAUGCAAUGUAGGGAUAAGUUUCUAGUUCAGAGCGUUAUUGUUCCGAAUGGCACAACAACUAAGGAUAUAAACCAGGAAAUGUUCAACAGGGAGGGUGAAAAGUUUGUCGAUGAGUUCAGAUUAAGGGUCAUUUUCAUUCCUGCAAACCCUCCCUCCCCAGUACCCGAAGAAGAUGAAGAAGUGAGUUCACCUGGAACAUCUUCAACUGAGGAUGAAAUAAAAAAUUCCUCACUGUCUGAACCUGAACGGUCUACUGCCUUAAAGUUGAAAGACGAGAAAGCUUCUGUUAAUAUACAAAAUGAUAAGCUCCUCGGCGAAUUGGAAUCCGUGAGGAAACAAACUGGACAAGGGAGAUUUGGAUCCAUUUUCAUACUUUUAGUUGGGCUUAUUCUCGGAAUAUUGGUGGGAUACUUUCUCAGGAUACAAGUGCCUACACUGCAGUAAGGUUUGGUCUUUGUUCAGAUGCCAUACAUUUGCUCACCGGAAUCUCUUUCAGUCUUGUCCUUAGUAGAGACUUUAGGUUUAUUAUUUAAUUUUUCGCAGGAAGAUAUUGGCUUUCUGUUAUGUAGUACCAAAUUUUGGUAUCUGAUUCUUGUAGAAAACAUCGGCAUACAAAAUGUCUUGGUUCAUUCAGCCUGACCUUAAUGAAAUAGGUGAAGGUGACGUGCUUUUUUAAA